AGAAACGCAUUUAGUCCUUUUUUUUUUUCAAGGGAUAUCUUGAACAUAAUUAUCUAAUGUGUGCCCUUCUCUUUUCAAAAGACAGCUGCAUGUAUGAGUGUUCAACUGCUGUUUCUAGCAGAGAAGUGACCACAUAGAGGUUUCCUCAUUGACUCGCGGUUUAUUGGUUAAAUGUAAGAGUAAUAACCAAUAAAAAGUCACUUACACAUAUAAGGUUUUGACAUGUUAUACAUCUAUUUUUCUUUAGUUUGAUAUUAUCGAUAUUGAAAGGAAUUUUGUUUCAACUAUCGCAUAAUUUGUAGCUGAAUAAAGCACGACAAUCGAGCUAAAUUCAUAGCCAAGCAGCUAUCAUCCACUUACCUUUCUAGGCGUUUCAUUUCACAACUGUCAUAUAAACAAACUAUAUAUUUACAUAAUAAAUUACUCAGAGGUACUUUCACAGUUUAGAGACAACCGGUAACACUUAUACACAAACUAGCGUGGACAUUACUUACGUUUCAAAUAACGAUACGAAAAUUGUAACUCAUUCAAAAGAAUUUUUUUUUAAAUUGACAAUUUUUAUUUUAAAAAAAGAACGCUACUUCAACAAAAUGUGAAAAACAUGAGUACUCAAGUGAAAAAUCUAUAAAUGAAAUUUGGAAACCUUUUAUGAGCUUGGUUUGAGUGAAUAUUGUUGCUGACAGCCAUAUACCAUCAUACCAAUAUGACAGAAGAGAAUAAUAAGAAGAAGUUUUUUGUACUCAAUAUUAUCAUUAGAUUAUGGUGCAUCAUAACAGUCGUAGUCCUUUGGGUGUUCAGCAUCAAAUUGCUAAAAAGUGAUGAGACAAGGGCAUAUGCUAUCUCAUGGUAUCUACUGUCUGCAACUGUAAUUGUAACCCUCUUAGAAUGCAUUUGGAUUAUGAACAAAAUGCCUUGGUUUCAAGAGAAUGGUUGCUGCUACUGUGUCUGUUGGAAAGUAGUAACAUUUGUGAGUAAAUGGAAAAAAGGAAUUUUUUACAUAGUAAUGUCUUUACCGACUUUCUGGAUCUCUAAACACACUACUGAUGGUCAAAUUGGAGGUUCAGUGCUCCUAGUUGCAGGAAUACUACUAAUUUUUAGAAGCAUAUUUUCAUUAUUCUUUCGCGAAGACUCAGAAGAGCGUAAAUACUUUUUAAAAACCAAUCCUGUCCACGUUAAAAUGGUAUCACAUGAAGUCUCUACACAAACUGAAGACUCAGCAUUUUCAGCUUAUGAUGUUGAAAGCCAGAAUAAAUGAGAGUAAAUAUGUGUAAAAUGUUUCGUGAAGUUUGUUUUCAAAAGUUGUACAAAUAAAAAAAAUAAAUUUUUUAAUUUAAA